UCUAAAGCCAAACAUAUAUUAUAUCUUCCUUCUGUUGCUAUUAUACAAGAAAAAUAGAAAGAGUUAUGGAUCUUCAUGAUUUACCUGAAGAAGCUAAAAGACGACUACACACGAUUGAGGAAUCAUCGGAGGAUCUUUGCGUCGAUUUCCGAGGUCGACCAUGCAGGCCAAGCAAGCAUGGUGGUACAAGAGCUGCUCUCUUUGUUUUAGGCUUACAAGCCUUUGAGAUGAUGGCGAUUGCGGCUGUUGGUAACAACUUGAUCACAUACGUGUUCAACGAUAUGCAUUUCCCUUUGUCGAAAUCUGCAAAUAUCGUGACUAACUUUAUAGGAACUGUGUUUCUUCUCUCGCUUCUUGGUGGCUUCCUCUCUGAUUCAUACCUUGGAAGCUUUCGCACCAUGCUCGUUUUCGGCGUCAUAGAAAUCUCCGGGUUCAUAUUAUUGUCAGUACAAGCUCAUGUUCCACAGCUAAGACCACCAAAAUGCAACAUGAAGGACACUACAACACAGUGUUUAGAGGCAAAUGGUUACAAGGCGGUUACUCUCUACGCAGCACUCUGUUUAGUGGCCUUAGGGAGCGGCUGUCUCAAACCAAACAUCAUUUCUCACGGUGCGGACCAGUUUCAAAGGAAAGACUUGAGGAAGCUAUCUAGUUUCUUCAAUGCAGCUUAUUUCGCCUUCUCAAUGGGUCAACUUAUUGCACUCACACUCUUGGUUUGGGUGCAAACCCAUUCUGGCAUGGACAUCGGUUUUGGUGUCUCGGCGGCUGUUAUGGCCGCCGGGAUGAUCAGUCUUGCUGCUGGUACUAACUUUUACAGGAAUAAACCACCUCGCGGUAGCAUCUUCAUACCAAUUGCUCAGGUCUUUGUAGCCGCGAUCACUAAACGAAAACAGAUUUGCCCUUCAAACAAGAACAUGCAUCAUCAACUUUCAACGGAUCUCGUUCGUUUCAAACCUCUCCUCCAUACUAAUAAGUUCAGGUUUCUUGACAAGGCUUGCUUCAAGACGCAAGGCAAAGCCAUGGAGAGUCCAUGGAGACUCUGCACAAUCGAACAAGUCCAUCAAGUCAAGAUUCUGUUAUCAGUAAUACCGAUAUUCGCAUGCACAAUCAUCUUCAACACAAUCUUAGCUCAGCUCCAAACUUUCUCUGUUCAGCAAGGAAGCUCCAUGAAUACACACAUCACAAAAACAUUCCAAAUCCCACCAGCUUCUCUUCAAGCUAUCCCUUACAUCAUUCUCAUCUUCUUCGUUCCUCUAUACGAAACGUUCUUCGUCCCAAUCGCUAGAAAACUCACGGGAAACGAUUCUGGAAUCUCACCUCUUCAGAGAAUUGGCACAGGACUCUUCCUAGCGACUUUCUCAAUGGUUGCAGCCGCUUUAGUGGAAAAGAAGAGACGUGAAUCGUUCUUAGAACAGAAUGUAACGCUCUCUAUCUUCUGGAUCGCUCCACAGUUUCUGAUAUUCGGUUUAUCAGAGAUGUUUACAGCCGUUGGAUUAGUAGAGUUUUUUUACAAACAGUCUUCACAGAGUAUGCAAUCUUUUCUCACUGCAAUGACUUACUGUUCCUACUCUUUUGGAUUCUAUCUUAGCUCUGUUCUUGUCUCGACCGUGAACAGAGUUACAUCUAGUAAUGGGCCCGGGACAAGAGAAGGUUGGUUAGGUGAUAACGACUUAAACAAAGAUAGAUUAGAUCUCUUUUACUGGCUCUUAGCUUCAUUGAGUUUUAUCAACUUCUUUAAUUAUCUUUUUUGGUCAAGAUGGUAUUCAUUUGAUCCAUCUGCGACACAUCAUAGCGCCGAAGUUAAUAGCUUGGAGGAUUUAGAAGAUGGCGAAAAUAAGAAUUCCGUGACGGAGAAGCCAAGAAUUUGACUAAGUAUGUUUUAGAUCAUCUUGUUGUAUGUUUCCUUUAGGAGGUAUAAUAGAACAAGUCUUUUGAAGAGUUUUAGAUCUUUUAUGCUUAGUAAUCCGGUUGUAAUCAUAAGUUUUUGGAAGUGGUGGGUUUGAGUUUUUCUUGUUUUUAAUUUAAUUUUUGGGGUUUGUAAUGAUGAAAAGUUAGUUAAAAAGGUUUAGAAGAACUUGUUUUCUGAAUGAAUAAUGUAUUAAGCUAGUUGGUUUUGU